AUGACGCAACAGACCCAGGGCUCGUGGGUCUACCUACAACCUCAACACCAAACAAACACAGGACCUUUUCAUCCUUUGAUGAAGCUCGCGCUGCCAAUGGACCUCAGAUGGUUUACUUCGGACCAGAGAUACCCACUUUUCUGGUCUCAGGAACGCCCGAUGCCAACACACGUUGGAGUGACUCGAGACCCGUCUCGAGUUUCGUGGCUGGACUCGAUCUUUGAUCUCUGGGGGUACCGCACCCUGUCUGCCCGAGUCCUUGUUCCCAUCCCACGUUCCACGAAUCAUCUCACCUUGAACCUGUGGAACUUCCCUCCUGCUAGGUGA